AUGGACGCUUCUUCCGCUCCCGUGUGCGCGCCCACCGCCGAUGCGGCCUUUGGCCCCAUCAUCAGCGACCGCCACUGCCGCGGCGGCUUCGACUUUACCCUCGUCUUUGAGCAGUCCAUCUUUGUCCUCGCGCCGGGCUGCGUCCUGCUGCUCCUCGCACCCUUCCGCCUCGCGGUACUCCUAAAGCGCCCCCAACUGCACGUCGUCCGGCCUGGUAAGCUGCGCGUCGCCAAGCUGAUGACUGCCGCUUCUCUCGCGGCUCUCCAGCUCGCCCUCGUCGUACUCUGGGCGAGGCGGCCGCCCAGCUCCUCCCACCCGCCCCUGGUAAACAGCGUCUCCCUCGCCGCUGCCUGCGUCUCCUGUGCCUCUACCGUGAUGUCCUGUGCCCUCUCGUAUCUCGAGCACGUCAGAUCGCCGCGGCCCUCGUCGCUGCUCAACGUCUUCCUGCUGCUGUCGCUGCUGCUCGACGCCGCGCUCCUGCGCACCCUCUGGCUCGCGCGGCUGCUCGACGGCGACACGCCCAUCCGCGCCGUCUUCUCGGCCGCCUUUGCCGUCAAGGCGGCCCUCGUCCUGCUUGAGGCGCACGGCAAGACUGCGCACCUCGUCCGGGGGACCCGCGCCCUUGCGCCCGAGGAGACGGCCGGCAUCUAUGCCCGCGCCGCGCUCGCGUGGGUCGCGCCGCUGCUCCGCACCGGCUUCCGGAGGCUGCUCCGCCCGGACGACAUGUUUGCGCUGGACGACGACAUGAGCACGGCGAUGCUGAAUGAGAAAUUCUGGGCGCACUGGAAUACAUCACUGGCUAGCAGCACUUACAAGCUGCGCCUCAUCAGAUGCUGCAUCUACACCCUCAAAGGCCCCCUUCUGGCAAUUGCCGCCCCUCGCCUGGUGCUCCUGUUCUUUACCAUUUGCCAGCCCCUGAUUCUGCAGCGCUUUCUUGAUUUUCUCAGCGAAAAAUCCCAGCCUGUCCAGAUCGGCUACGGCCUGAUCGCCGCCUACGGCAUCGACUACGUCGGCAUCGCCUUUUCCCAGGCCCUCUACUGGCACAGAAAUGCGAGAGCCGUCACCAUGCUCCGCGGCACGCUCGUCGCCGCAGUGUUUUCCAAGGUGACCGAAAUUAGCACCACCGUCGCCAAAGAUGCAGCCGCCGUCACGCUCAUGUCCUCUGAUGUCGAUGUCAUAAUCAGGGCAGCCAAGGAGGUCCACGAGUUUUGGGCCAACCUCAUUCAAAUCGGCAUCGGCACCUGGCUGCUCACCAAGCAGCUUGGCUAUGCCGCCAUUGGUCCCAUCAUUGUUGCCCUGCUCGCGCUGGCGGCCAUUUUCUUCUUUUCGCCCCGCGCCAAGAGGUCCAGAGUUGGCUGGUUGGUCAAGACUCAGGAGCGUGUUGGAAUCACUUCUGCCAUGAUUGGACACAUCAAAAGCAUCAAGAUGGUCGGCUUGGUAGAACCCCUCUCGCGCAAGCUCUCUGAUUUGCGAGUGUCUGAAGUCGCUGCCUCGCGCGCAUUCCGAGUCUGCGGGAGCAUCACCUCGGCACUCGCCCAAGUUCCCGUCAUGCUCUCUCCGGUCCUUGCGUUUGCUCUGUACCAAGGCGUGGCUGCCACCACGGGACAGAAGCUCGACGAGAAUCGCAUGUUCACUGCGUUGGCCUACAUCACGCUGCUCUCUGAGCCCUGGUUCUGGAUGUUUGAGGCUGUUCUCGACAUGAGUGCUGCAAGCGGCGCCCUUGAUCGCAUCGAGAAAUAUCUCUUGGAGUAUACUAAGCAGGACACUCGCCUUCUUGAACCAGAAGAAGAGCAGCGCUUUGGACAGUCCUCUGGCGACGUCCAACUCUCACGCCUGAGCCGUCAAGGUGAGGCUACAGACGCAAUCACGGUCCGUCAAAUGAGUGCGGCCUGGUCCAAAGACCACACGGAGCUCAAGGAUAUCACCUUUUCUCUCGCCCGAGGAAAAUUCGGCAUGCUUCUCGGAUCGACCGCCUCCGGCAAGAGCACCCUCCUAAAGUCCCUGCUGGGAGAAGUCCCCCACACGACCGGCACCGUCAAGCUCGGGAGCCCACGCGUGUCUUGGUGCGAGCAGAGCCCCUGGAUCCUGAACCAGACGAUUCGCGAAAACGUCAUUGGCUACGCGCAUUACGACGUGGAUCGCUACGACCAGGUCGUCCAGGCGUGCGCUCUCCACGAGGACUUUGCGCAGCUGCCGCAAGGCGACAUGACCGUCGUCGGCAGCAAGGGCAUGUCCCUCAGCGGCGGCCAGAAGCAGCGAGUCUCCAUCGCGCGCGCUCUCUACUUUGACCCCGAGAUUGCCAUUUUCGACGACGUCCUUAGCGGACUUGAUAACCACACCGCGCUCCAGGUAUUCCGAAACGUGUUUGCCGAAAACGGCCUCCUUCGCAGGAGCGGAGCCACCAUCCUUUUGGCAACCCAGACUGCUGCCUUCCUACCAUUCGCCGAUAUUCUCGUUUCACUGGACGGAAACGGUGGCAUCGGAGAAGUUGGCGCCUACCGAGACUUGAAGCGCGCCAAUGGCUACACGCAGUCGCUUGUGCAAGCCAGCCGCGAUGCUGGGCCCUCAGCCACCUCUGAGGAGCAGAGUGACGAGGGUCCCACACUGGAGGUCGUCAAAAAGGAGCACAGGGCCAAGGAAACGAAGCUGGUCGAUGAUAAAAGACGUCAGCUGGGUGAUCGAACCGUUUACAGCUACUACUUUGGCAGCGUCGGGUCCUUGUUUGCCGCGACGCUGCUCGGGCUCGAAAUCGGCUGGGCGUUUCUUCAAUGCUUCCCGACCGUGUGGCUCAACUUCUGGGCCACCGCCGUCCAAAAGGACCCCAGCACCUCGUCCGGACACUACCUCGGCACUUAUGCUGCUCUGCAAAUUCUUGCCGUCGUUUGGUUUGCCAUCCUGAUCUGGUUUGGCCUCAUCAGCAUUGCGGCCAAGGCCGGCGUCACGCUCCACCAGCGACUGCUCACAGCGACGCUGCGAGCGCCACUGUCUCUGUUCACCUCCACAGACACGGGCGUCAUGACGACUAGAUUCUCCCAAGAUAUUGGCAUUCUCGACAACCAGCUGCCCCUUGCCCUGGUGGUCUCUCUGGGCAGCCUCUUUUCCGUCAUUGCCAAGGCCGGGCUGCUCGCCGCAUCCUCCUACUACGUGGCCAUCAGCUUCCCAUUCAUCGCCGUCUUUUACUACUACCUCCAGCGUGGGUAUCUGCGCACCUCACGCCAGCUGCGCUUUCUCGACCUCGAGGAAAAAGCGCCAGUCUACUCGCAGUUCCUUGAGACGCUCGCCGGCCUGCCCACAGUCCGUGCCUUUGGCUGGGGCAGCGCCGCCAUCCACAAGAACCACGAUCUUGUCGACCGCUCCCAGAAGCCCUUCUACCUCCUGAUCAUCGUGCAAAAGUGGCUCAUCAUGGUGUUGGAUCUCGUGACGGCAGGCCUCGCUUUGCUCAUUGUCGGCUUCGCCGUAUACUUGCGAGACAAGGUCUCAGUCGGUCUCACUGGCGUGGCACUUGUGCAACUAAUUUCGAUGAGCCAAGCACUCAACAUGCUGAUUCAGUUUUGGACAUCGGUAGAGACAUCGAUCGGGGCGGUUGCGCGUAUCAAGAACUUCACAGAAGAGGCCGGCGAUGAGAACAAGCUGAAUGAGACGGCAGAGCCUCCUGAGACCUGGCCGUCGGCCGGAGGGGUGGUGAUUUCGGAUCUGACCGCUUCUUAUGACGAGAGAGAGCCCGUGAAGGCUUUGGAUGGUAUCGAAAUCGCCAUUAAGCCUGGCGAAAAGGUGGGAAUAUGCGGUCGCACUGGGAGCGGCAAAUCAUCUCUGCUGCUCUCGUUUCUGCGCCUCCUAGACGCUAGCUCUGGCAGCAUCGUUGUCGAUGGUAUCAACUUGGCCACGCUUCCGCGGGACCUCAUCCGCAGCCGCAUUGUCACCGUCAGCCAGGAUCAUUUCGUUCUUCCAGGCACUGUGCGAGAGAAUCUCGAUCCAUUCUGCGCCUUUGAAACGUCGGAUCUGAUCGAGGCUCUCGAAGCGGCCGAUAUUUGGGCCACGAUUGAGAGGAAGGGCGGCUUGGAUGUCAAGCUUGGAGACGACAUGCUAAGCCACGGCCAGAAGCAACUGUUUUCACUGGCCAGAGCUAUUCUGCGCAAGGAUGCGGGACGCAUCGUCUUGCUGGAUGAAGCAACAAGCAGUGUGGAUGGGGAAAUUGAAGAAAAGGUGCAAAAGGUAGUCGAGACGCUCUUCAAGAACCAUACAGUAAUCUCUAUUGCACAUCAUCUCGACACAAUCAUCGACUUUGACAAGGUUGUACUUCUCGACAAGGGCAAGGUGGCGGAGAUUGGUAGACCACGAGAGCUUCUACAGUCAAACACAAUGUUUCGUGCACUCUGGGAAGCGAGUCAUGGGCGAUAG